AUGCCAAAAUAUUCCCAGGAAGCAGCGGCCAUUGGGCUCAAAGCUCACACUGGUGCUCCAGCUAAUUUCCUGGGGGAAGUUCCAGUGCCAGAGCCUACGCCACCAGAGACGCUUGUACCAGACGAACCAGAUCCGGAACCGCUAACACCAGCGGAGCCAUUGCCAGAAACAUCAGUCCCAGAAGAACCCGAGUCGGAAGAACCGGAAGCAGGGGAGCUGGACUCGGGAGAUGCGGCGCCAGAAGAACUCGCGCCGAGAGAGCCGGUUCCAGAAGCACCACCAGAAGCACCGCCAGAGGCACCACCGGAGACACCAGCGCCGAGAGAUUCAGAUCCAGAGGCACCACCAGAAGCGCUACCAGAACCACCAAGACCAGCGCUUCCUGAAGUGCUUGCACCAAGGGAACCAGUUCCUGAGGCACCACCAGAAGUGCUACCAGAAGCACCGAGUUCAGCACCACCAGUAGCACCGGCGCCGACAGAGCCAGUUCCAGAAGCACCACCGGAGAGACUGCCAGAUCCACCGAGACCAGCACCACCGGUAGCACCGGCACCGACAGCUCCAGUUCCAGAAGCACCACCGGAGAGACUGCCAGAGCCACCGAGCCCAGCGGAGCCGGAGCCACCACCAGAGGCACUGCCAGAUCCACUGAGACCAGCACUUCCAGAGCCGCCAAUACCAGCGGAGCCUGAAUCAUCAGCGCCAAGGGAUCCAGUACCAGAAGCACCACCAGAGGCGCUGCCGGAGCCACUAAGGCCUGCGGAGCCAGAUCCGCCGAGCUCGGCGCUACCAGAGUCACCUAGACCCGCACCGCCAGAUGAGCUUGCGCCAAGAGACCCAGUUCCAGAGACCACCGCUAGCAGAGCCGCUACCACUGCCCUCGCCGCUGAGAGCGGAAUCGAGCCAAAGGCAGGGUUCGCGAGUCUCGAGGGUUUUGUUAAAGGGGGCUGCGAGAGCAGUACCCGCAAGGAAAAGGAUCGCAGUAUUCUUCAUGUUGCCGGAACGAUGAAGAAGGAAAAGAAAGAUAGAGUGCUGAUGAUUGACUCUGGAGGAAAGAAAGAAAAAGAAGAGCGAAUGGAAAUCAAGCUGAUCCAGUCAACUGAAGCAAAAGAAGGAAGUGAGGUGAUGAUGAGAACUGAUAGGUGUUGGAAGAUGCCCGUUCUUAUAGCCCUCUCGAGGUAUGGAUCGGGCCGAGAAAUGAUCAUAUUCUGGUGA